CAAGCCCCCCUCCCCAACACAAGCCCAGUGCCGGGGAGCACCAGCACCCACUUGGGUCCACUACCCAGUGUGACCCUCUCUGCUUUCUGACUUCCUACCUGUGGAGACAGACGCUGUUCCAGACUCCUCCCUGAGGGUCCUCAGGACAGGGGCCGCCAUGUCUCAGUUCUCUACCAUGACGACCAGCGAGAGGAAGAUGCAGGCGGCAGCAAUCUGCAGGGAGGUUCAAUCCAUGGAGGAAGAUGUGGAGAUGGAUCUUGGGAGAAAAGUGAACAUGCCGAAGGACAUCAUGCUGGAGGAGCUUUCCCUCGCCUCUAACCGCGGCUCACGCCUCUUCAAGAUGCGCCAGAGACGCUCGGAGAAAUACACUUUCGAGAGCAUCCAGAACCAAACCAACAUCCAGAUCAAUAACACAAUCGUUUUGCAAACUCAGAAUGGCUGUGCCACAGCUGGCCAAAACGGCGAGAACAACAUGGAAGUGAACCAGUCGCUUGCUGUGCCAAACGACACGCCUGACACGACCAUGAAGCCAAAUCCAGAAAGCAUAGCCCCAGGCUACGGGGGUCCUCUGAAAGACAUCCCUCCAGAGAAGUUCAACAGUACAUCUGUGCCAAAGUCCUACCACUCCCCCUGGCAGCAGGCCAUCAUCAGUGACCCCUCCCUGGCUCAGACCAUGAACCUCCAGUUAUCUGAGCCCGAGCCACGACCUGAACUGCCGGGCUUCAAGAGCUUCAACAGGGUGGCCACUCCGUUCGGGGGCUUCGGCAAGGCUUCCCGACCUGUGCCCAUCCAUACCCUGCAGGUUGAGCCCCUCUCCGAGUGUCCUGAGCUGCAGGGCGACGCAGGGGAGGAUCGACCCUCCUUCAACAGAUCCGCUCUGGGCUGGGUGUCGACAGGCGAUCCACUCCCCCUCCCCGCUGUUCCCCUCGACCCCACGCUCAUCCCUGAGUCAGACGACCUUUGAACGCAGAGUGAGGUCACAGAGAUUCACAGAGGUCCGGGAGGGGGGGGGUGAUAUGUUGCUGUCAGGUUAUCAUGCUGCCAUGUAUGCAGCAUCCUAUUCUCAGGGAUGUAAGCUGUUGCACUUGAAUGAUCCUGUACAGUAGGCAGGGACACCACUGGAGUAGUUUAUUGUAUAUGAAUGUGCAUAAGAGUAUUUUAUCUUUUUGCUCAAUAAAAUUGUGUAGAACCAACAAA